ACWWKCUGCUUUGGGAUCUGGAAAACAACACAAAAGUCCAUCAACCUGUCCAUGUUGCAGGAUGAGAGCAGAGGAGCUGAUGCCUUGUGUUCUUAUCACUCUGCUGGGGCUGACCCUGAUGGAGUCAGCUCAUGGACAGCACAUGUCAGACGAACCCUGCUCCGUCCAGAUCCUCGUCCCAGGACUCAAAGGAGAGCCAGGAGAAAAGGGAGAGAAAGGGGCACCUGGGAGACCAGGAAGAGUGGGUCCACUAGGGGAGAUAGGACAUACUGGAGUUAAAGGACAUAAGGGUAUUAUGGGACGUUAUGGGAAAAUGGGCCCCUGUGGAAUCAAAGGUUUAAAAGGAGAUAUGGGGGAUCCUGGGCCAAUGGGCCUGAAUGGUGAUCCAGGUGUUCCAUGUGAAUGCACACCCCUGAGGAAGAUGAUUGGUGAGAUGGACAUCCUAGUGGCCCAGUUAUCCAAUGAGAUGAAGUUCAUCAAAACUGCACUGCCCUCCCCUGCAGCUGUCGCUGGCAUCAAAGAGACCGACAGUAAGGUCUAUCUACUGGUCAAGGAGGAGAAACGCUACACAGAUGCAGAGGUCUAUUGUCAGGGAAGAGGUGGACACCUGGCCAUGCCCAAGGACGAGGGGGCCAACGCAGCCAUCGCUGGGUACAUCACUGAGGCGGGCCUGAGCCGGGUGUACAUUGGCAUCAACGACAUAGACCGUGAGGGCCAUUUCACCUACGUGGAUCGCUCCCCCAUGAGCACCUUCAGCAAGUGGAGGGAAGGAGAACCCAACAAUGCCUACAGGGACGAGGACUGUGCUGAGAUGAUGGCGGCGGGGGACUGGACAGAUGUGGCCUGCCAUCCCACCAUGUACUUUGUGUGUGAGUUUGACAAGGACAGUGUCUGAGGGGCAUUUUGAGAGUGGUAGUGAGUUGGAAGGGCAAAGGCCUCAUUGGAGCUGCAUGACAGAGAGAGGCUAUAAUUAUAGAGAAGCCUUUAUAGUUACACAGAUGAUGUUCAGUAUGUAACAUUAUUUUGACACAGCUGCAUUUGUUUAAUCACCCACCAGUUCUAAAUAUCAUUGUACAGUUUAGAAUAUUGUAUAUAGAAUACUGUGURUACACUUCUCAGUUUUUCCAGAAUUCUGCUUUUUUUACUUGAAAGUUUGAAUUGAAUGGAUGCUGUUUUUAUAAACCUUUGCAUUGAAUGGCUACAGCAAUGUUCCCUUUAAUCUCUUGAUCUGAAUGUUUAAAAAAAAAAGUAAGAUAUAACACAUAUUCUUUUUGGGGGUCUGUUUCUUGUCAUUAUUAGUCRUUCUUUUUUAAAACAAAUAUUCACCAUAGUUUGUUCUGCAGUACUGAAUAUUGAACGUGAAAAAUACAAUAUUGCUUUAAUAGGGACCAUGCAAACUCAACAAAGUAGUGAGUAACUGUAGAUGCAACAUGUAUUUACUAUUACCUAAUACAUGUUGGAAAAUACACAAACAUGUCUUGC